AUGUCGAUCAUCGACGAGAAGCUCGGCGGUCUGGAGGGAGAGCAUGGCAAGAAGAGUAAGAUGCAGGAACUCACAGAGAACAGUCCAAGUGGUUUGAAGGGCUUGGUGAUGAAUCGAUAUGCCACCACUGUCGCCAUCUCUAUUGGCUUUGGUGGUCUGCUCUACGGAUACCCUUCUGGAGUCCUGUCCAAUAUUCUCACCAAUGAGAACUUCGCCGCCAAGUUCCCCAGGAUCUUUAUGGACAAUGGCUACAAAGGAUGGGUCGUCGCAUCUAUGGAGUUCGCCGGUCUCGUGGGCUCCAUCAUCAGUGGUCCCCUUGCCGACUUGAUGAGUCGCAGAUGGUGUCUGAUUCUGUCUUUGGUCAUCUUCACCCUCGGAUCGGGACUCUUGACGGGCGCUCAGAAUGUUUCCAUGUUCGUUGGUGGACGUUUCAUCACGGGCAUCGCGGUCGGCAUUCUCGCCAACGUCGUGGCCAUCUACAACUGCGAGAUUGCUCCUUCUGAAAUCCGUGGCACGCUUAUUGCUGUCUACAUGUUCUUCAUGACCUUUGGUCUCGCACUCGCCUUCUUCGUCACCUACGGCUUCCACUUCAUUGGUGGCAUCCGCUGUGCCCCUGACGUGCCAUACACUGGUCCGGGUGGCACUUUCAACGCGUACACCGACGUUCCACCAGGGGGCUGCAAUGGACAGUCUGCCAUCUCGUGGAGAGUGCCGCUCGGACUUCAGAUGGUCUUCGGCAUGAUGUUUGGCGUUGCAGUCUACCUCGCCCCCUACUCUCCUCGCUGGCUCAUGAUGCAGGACCGUGAGGAGGAAGCCAUCAAGGUUCUUAUGGCCUUCCGCCAACUCCCCAGAGACCAUCCCAUCAUCCAAGUCGAGUACCUCGAGAUGAAGGCAGCCAUGGUCUACGAGCGUGAAGUCAUGGAAGAGAAAGCGCCCGGCAGCAACCGCUUCGUGCAGCAGUGGGAGACGUUCAAGGAGUUCUUCACUCACCGCGGUCUGUUCAAACGUCUCUGGAUCUGCUCUACUUUCAUGGUAUUCAAUCAAUGGGCUGGUAUCAAUGCUAUCCUCUACUAUGCUCCCAGCAUCUUCUCCGACCUCGGCCUCGACGGCAAUACCACCGCUCUCCUCGCCACCGGACUCGUCGGGAUCAUGUUCUGGCUCUCCACGGCGAUCGCCGCUGUCAACCUUGACAAGUUCGGCCGCCGCAAAAUGAUGAUGUUGGGCACCGUGAUCAUGACCACCGGGCACAUUGUUGUCGCCGCCAUCAUCGGCAAGUACGGCAAUAUCUUCGACCUGUAUCCAUCAGCAGGCUACGCCGGCGCCGCCUUUGUCUACAUCUACAUGAUCGGCUACGGUAUCACGGCGAUCAAUUGUAAUGUCAUCUCCUCCGAGAUGUUCCCCAGCCAGCACCGCUCUCAAGCCAUGGGCAUGAUCUUCGCUGUCAAUUGGCUGUGCAAUUUCUCCGUGGCGUUUGCGACACCCGCCAUGCUGAGUAAGAUCAAGUUCGGCACUUUUAUCGUGUUUGCCGCGAGCUGUGUAGGGUGCUUCUGUUGGGCCAAGUAUGUGAUUCCGGAGACGGCGGGCAAGACAGUGGAAGAAGUGGAUCUUUUGUUCAAGGACCAGCUAGCGAGUACGCAAGCGGCACGCAUCGCCGAGAUCAACAGACGUGUCGGGCUGACCGACUAUCAUACCGGACUUAAUAGGUCAACGUCAGAAAAGCACCUUGCGGGCGAGAAGGGCCUGCAGUUGGAGCACGCGGAAGAGGUUGCUUGA